CUCGAAGUCUCAAAAUAGGGGCUCAAAGCACAGGCGGGAAAGCUGAUGCGCACGCGUGGAAUCUUUUGAGCCUGGCUCCUGGGCGGAACCAGACCAGUCCGUGCCAACAGCUUUGCGCGUCUGUCUAGAGCGUCUUUUCUCCGGGUUUUUGAGCAGGGAAAGUAAGCUUUUUUGGAGUGCAAGGAGUUCGCGGUUACCUCACAAUGUCGGGUGAGUCGGGUCAGCCUCAGCCAGGACCCUCACACGCUGGUCUCUACUUGGAGCACCCCGAAAGAGAUCAGGCUGGGGUCCCAGGAGGAGUGAUCCGAAAAGCUGGUGGCCAGAGGUGCAGGUCCUGGAUCCAAAAGGUUAUUGAGCAAAUAACUGGUUCCCCUAGACAGUGUGUCACCCUCUCGGAAGUGGUGCCUGUCACUGUACUGGCCGUCCAAAGAUACCUUUUAGAGGAUGAGCCACGGGAUACAGUGCCCAAGCCUCCCCUUUACUGCUAUGAUGUGACCAUCUCAGAUGGGGUGUACCAGGAGAAGUGCUACUUAGACCCCAGCUUAAACUUUCUCGUUUAUCAGAAUAUUCUUAAAGUUGGCAUAGAGAUGAGAAUUUCCAGAGUCUCGUGCCUUUACAACGAGAAAAGAUUGGGCCAGGGAAUCCUGUGCAUAGAUAAGGUCCACUGUGGGGAGCCCCUAGAUGUCAUUUCUGUAGAAACUCCAUUUAGAAACAGAGCUCAUGAGGAAAAGCCAGAGAGGCCUUUAAGAGGGGGCAAGAGUCACUACCUGGCUCUGUGGAAUAACGAAGAUCCGUACGGAGAUAUAUGGAAGACCAACAAGCAACCUGAGGAAUUCAAUUUUAACAACAUCAAAAUAAUCUCUCUCUCUCAUCUUGAGAUGACUUGGAAUAGCAGAAAGAAUUUUCCUGCCUUACUUGUAAGGGUCCUGCAUAAAUCAAAACUGCGAUACUAUGGAAAACCCAAUAAAAAGAUGAUUGAGCCAUAUCAGACCUAUUUGGAGGUUGCUGACAGCUCAGGCAUGGUGUCAGUGAUUCUGUGGAAUGCUCUGUGUCCAGAGUGGUAUAAAAGUUUGAGAGUGGGCUUGAUUCUUCUGCUUCAAAAUUAUACUGUGAAGAAGAGCUAUCCAUUAAGAAUCCAGCCUGACCCUGUGGACCCACAGAUGAAACUCAUUUCUACAAUGGAAAUCUGCCUCAAUCUUCGAGAUCCACCAACUAACAUAGUUAUCAUUCCAGAAAGACAAUUGAAAUCAGAAUGGAAGUUGCCAAAACUAAUUAACAGAUUCAUCACAAGAUCAGAACUAGACGAUAUGCCAGAAAAGAGCAUCUGUGAUGUAAUUGGUGUGUUAUCCUUUGUGGGGAGGGUGCAACGGUCAAAAAAGAAAGAGAACAGUGAAGACUUUUGGUCAUACCGCUGGAUUCACAUCACUGACGGGACUUCAGAGCAACCAUUCAUAGUGCAGCUGUUCUCCACAUCACAGCCAGAAGUCUUUGAAAAUAUUUACCCAAGGACAUAUUUUGUGUGCACCCAGUUGAAAGUUGUUAGAAAUAACAGUCAAGCACCUAGGCUGCUUUAUCUCACCACUACAAAUGAAAGCAGAGUGCUUAUUACUGGAGGUCAUAGAGGCCAUCCAUAUACAUAUGAUACCAAGGCAAAAAAAAUUAUUCAAUGGAUUAAAACAAAGACUAAUUUGGAGGCAAAGAACACUGUUAUUGGUGGAUAUUACCCCUAUCCACCAGUGCCAGAGACAUUUUCCAAGUACAGUCGCUUUAUUAAAGCUGAGUCACUCUUGACAACGAUAAGUGAAGUGAAGAAGGUUAUUGAAAACUUGCAGUACAGGGAACAAAAGCGCAUUGCAAUUCAGGGGAUAAUUACUGCUAUAAAGUACAUCCCCUAUAACCACUCAGCCAGAAGUGCCCCAGCACCAGAAGCAUUUCCGAAUGCUAGCCGACCCUCAACAUCUCAAGGAGCUGGAAAAGAAGGUCAUUGUCAUGAACGAGGUAGUAAAAGAUCUCAAGAUGACAGGCUGGUGGGUUCUCAGCAUUCUCAAUUUACGCCCAUGGUUUUGGGUCUCAGCGCAAAAAGAAAAAUUCUUCAAGGCCCAAGUGCUAAUCCGGUUCCUGUUCCUCAGCCACAUUCUUCUGCACAAAUGAAAGGAAACCAACAGAACAUACCAAGUCGAGAAAGUUCAACUGCUUCUGCCACCGGGAAGUCCAGAAGAAUCAUAAAUGAUAGAUGGGAGAGUCAGCUGUGGCGAGAUAAGAAGUUUAGUUUGAGAGACCAUCUACAUUAUGGUCAUGUGGAUCCUGAAAGUAUUCCACGGAAAUUUAUUUUGGAGCAUGAAAAGUUUCUCACCCAGCAGUUUAAUUCUCAGCCUGCAAAAUACAUACCACCAGAAGGAAACCCCCCCAAACUCGAUGAAUUUCAGAGCGCCCGAAGCCUUGGACAUUUUGAAGUAACCAUCCUAGGUUUGAACCAUGAGAUUGCGAUCGAUGUUGCAUUUCUACCUAUGUAUUCUCCAGAAGAUGUUCAAGCAUCUCAAAUAGAUACAUUUUUGACCUGCAUGAAUUACAGCUGUGUGUACCCACCAGAAGCACCUGACAGUGGAAGGUUGCCAGAUUCCAAGGCAGUUGCAGGUGAUAUUGUAAAGGCAGCAGCUGACCUGGAUAGAGUCCACAUCAUAGGUAUCUUGGAUAUCUGUAAUUUGGGUAACAAUAAAGUAGAAGUCUGUUUGCAGAAAAUUUAUACUCCAGAAUAGGCUUCUUAAAGAUUAGUAGAUAAAAUGAUUACAGGUUAUAUACAGUAUACUGCUUUAGAGAGAAUUUAUUAUUUUCUUGGUAUUUUCGUCAGAAUAUUACAUGAUCUUGAAAGUUAAGUGGUUUUCAGUUCAUCUUGUAUUUGGCACUCUCACUUCAUAUUAGAUUCAUUAUUGAAAAAAAGCUAUCAAGUCAAUUUUAUGUGUCAAAAUUACUUCACUUGUAUGUGACUAUUAUCUUAACUAGUAACAAUUUAUCUUUUACAGUUCCUUUUGCAAAGUGUAUUUUUAUUCCAGUGUCUCAGUCCAAGGUAUCUUGGCUUACACAAUUUAACAGCUUUCUGAUUUUAUUCACAUACAGUGAUGAAUCUUGCAUUGCAAAUUCAAAGACUAAGUUUUCAUUCUCCUAAAGUGACCACAUACAUUUCUUGUAAUCAUGGUAGCUCCUGUCAUGCCCCCACACACGAAUUGUAGUGAUCCAAUUGCCCCAGUCUCUCUGCAGUUGCUAUUAAGUGAAUAUGCUGAACUGUCAUAAAAAUUUUCAACCUUUUAUUCUGAUUUCCAAUGCCUUGAAAUUUUGAGUGUUUUGACCAGUGUGUAAUGUUAAAUUAGGAGACUACAGUAUAUCUACAUUCGUACUGUGUUCGUUGGUAAUUUCAGUAUAUGCAAUGUGAUUUUAGACUGUGAAAUUUUAUCUCACAUUAAUAUCUGAAGUGCUUGUAUUAAAAGUAAUGAAAGGUAACUGAGGGAAUUUGUUUCAGUCUGGUUCUCUACUUACUAUACUGUGUUUUCAAGGUAAACGGUCACUCUACAUUUGUAAAGACCUGUGUCUGACACCCACGUGGCUAGCUAAAUGAACCAAAACAUCUAUCAAGAUAAAUCUGAUUGUACUUGAGGUAUAAGAAAAUCUAUGAGGAAACAAGAUUUCCUUAUGACCCUAUAAUUUUGUGAUGUCAUGUGCUGUACAGUUUUAAUGUGGUGGGCAGCCUAAGAACUUAAAGGUAUACUGUAUUUUGUUUAUAAAGUUGUUCAGGUUUCUUUGUAACUGUACUAAAUGGUUAAUUAAA